CACACUGAAGUGUCAACUACUGACACGAUAGGAUUUCCCUCAAAAUGCACUUUAUUUAUUGAAUGUUUUCUUCUUUUUAAAGACAAAAAAAUGAACGUUUUUCGUGUCAUCGUUGUUGCACACGCUUUCACUGCUGCUGUUUUAAAGGGAGAAAGUGUUUCACAGAGUCGUCAGAGUCUGCGCGACGAUUUCCUCGAGUUCACCGCAGCUGCUGACAGAGUGCCGGACGACUCCGUCGUCCAUGUGCGCUAUCGAUGCUCCAGGCCGUGUGGGCUCACAGUGGAGGCUGUGGUGUCCACGUUAAGGAAGAAAGAUGUGGUCAUCUUCAGGAGGACAUGGAUCAGCAGCACACCCGUCGUGGACCGGACCCAGCGGGUGGCGCUCCCGAGGCCUCCUUCCAUUUCAGACACUCACGGCUUGUUCGACGGGGCGGUCACAGAUGUUGGAUUUGUGACGGUUCGUGCUUGGCUGGACCAUCUGAGAGAGGGCGGUGAAGCCGGGACAUACCAACGGUCCAUGUGGAGGAUUUAUAGAGUUCUGCCCAUGAUGGCGACGAAACCUCCCACCGAGUGUCCUUCAUGGUUUACCCAACUGAAGCGGCAGAUAACCAGAGACGGAAUCAGCCAGUGUCCUCACGAGUCAGAUGUUAUCGACGUGCUCGACUUCCCUCUGGCGAGCACGGGUGAAAACUUUGGAGCGAUCCGCAGGUUCAAGCCUUUUAUCGACGAAUCCCUGGAGAGAGUUCGCCGUCAAGCUGUGACUGAGCCCAGCGUCACCAUAUCUGUGUGGAUCUAUGUUGUGGAGCACUGUCAGAACGAGAUGUGUGGGAUCAUCCAUCAUGUGGACCGUGCCAACUCAUACGGCUCAGUCAUGAUGCAGCUCACACACUCAGGAGACGUCAUCAUUCAGGCUCGUCUGACGACAGGAGAGGAUGAAGCGUUCUGCGCCCGUGCAGCGCUGCCGCUGUGGAAAUGGAUUCGAUUAGAUUGUUCUGUGCAGGACUCAAAGGUGCUGCUCGACACAACAUGGGAGGAAGAAACCAUCAGACACAUUUUCCAAUUCCAGGACAGCAUCUAUUACGACGACACUGACGGAUACUUCGUGGUGGGAGGAGGUAAAUACAUGCCAGGCAUCCACGGGUAUUUUGGGCCCGUCAGAUUUUAUCGCUUCGGAGCCGAGGAGAUAAAUAAUCCACUUCACCCGGAGACAACGUUAAAGGAGCUGGAUAGAACUCACCACGAGUGUCGGGAAAUGAAAGCGUUCACUGAAGCUUUUCUAAAACAAGUCACCAACAGCCACCGGUGCUCGUCCACGGCCAGAGGAGACGCGUCCACGUCUCACUUCAGAGAGCUGUGGGGUCAGUUUGAUAAAAACACCUGCACACAAACAUGGAGCUGGGAAACCACACAAAAGUACAACACACUCUUCCAUUUACUGCAGACACAAGAGGAGAAGCUGAGGACAGGGUGUUUGAGCGUGAGGAGCCUCAGGACGACCGUGUUCCAGGAGGCUCUUGAUUCCAUGUUCUCCGCGGAUCAGACGCAGAUGAACGUCACGAGUAGAUCAGCGUCUCUGCUUCAGGCCGCCUCCUGCUUCGGACACCACAGAGCGACGCUCCUGCUCGCGUCCGUCCACCUCGCCGGGUUAGGACGCAGCGUCGAUCACACGCAGGGUCACGUCUAUAGUUUGAUUGGCGCGUCGGCCGACGACCGUUUCGCCCUGAUGCAUGCUGGGUACAAACACUCACAAGGACUCGAUGGCUUUCCUAAACGUCUGGACAUGGCUUACAGCUACUACUCCAACGCUGGAGCCCAGAGCAGUGUCGACUCUGCCAACAUACACGACACCCAGCAAUACACACCUGAACACAUCUAUCUGAGCAACCCUGAGGAUCUGAACAACCUGAUGCAUGAGACCAGCGACACUUUUCACUACCUGACAUUUAAAGCACAGCGAGGAGACGCUGACGCUCAGAGACGCCUGGGUGUGAUGCUUUACUGGGGACAAAAUGGAAUCUCUAAAGACAUGGAGAGAGCAAUGAAGUGGUUUGCGAGGAGUUCUAUGCAAAUGAAGGAUCCCUCAGCGAUGUACGACUACUCCAUCCUCCUCAUGAAGGGUGAAGGCGUGAAGAGAAACAAAACCCGGGGUUUUCAGCUGCUGAAGAAAGCGGCGGCGAUGGGCUCAGUCCCGGCCUUGAAUGCGUUGGGUUGGUACCACGGCAUCGAGCUGAAUGACCACGAACAGGCCGUGAAGUACUUUGAGCAGGCGGCGCGGAGCGGCAGCGCAGACGCCAUGUUUAACCUGGGACUUUAUCACCUGAGCGGGACGAACCCGCGCAGCCUGCAGAGGGACGAGAAAGCCGCGUUCCUGCAGUUCCUGAACGCGUCGCGCAGCGGUCACGUGGGCGCGGCGGUGGAGGUGGCGUGGUUCCUCUCCUCAGGGUGCCUGGAGGGCGUGUCUCAGGACGUGGAGCGGGCCGUGAUAAUGCUGAAGAAGGUCUGCGAUGUGAACGGACACCUUGGGUUUAUGAUCAGAGAAGCUCUGCAGGCGUUCCUGCACGGCUCCUGGCGCGAGGCCUUGGUCGGGUAUGUGCUGGCAGCUGAAACAGGUCUGGGUUUGGCUCAGAGUAAUGCAGCACACCUGUGUGAGGAGCUGAAUCUGCACGGUCACUGUCAGUGGAGAUAUCACAACUACUCUGUGUUCAACUACGACCCUCAUCCGUCUGCUCUGCUGAGAAUGGGCGACUUCUACUUCCACCAGAAACACUUAUUAUGGUCUGUUGCUGGUGCGGCGUGGAUGUACAGCAGAGCCGCUGAGGCAGGAAGUCCUCAGGGAAUCUUCAACCUGGUCACUUUGGCACAACAGGGACACGCUUUACCACCGGGCGUCUACGCCGCGUUUAACGUGACACGUGACGACGACGUCGACAACGUGGUGGAGAAGAUGCUGAAAAGGUGUGUGGAGGCGGAGUCUGACGACACAGCCACGCCCUGUUCUUUAGCUCUGCUUCAGCUGCAGGUGAAAACAGCUCUGAGGAGAAUGCACUUCAUCCUGGUGAACGUUUCUCUGCUCUCUGUCUGUGUCCUCGUCGUCUUCAUGCCUUUACAGAGCUGGCUCGAACAAAGAGUCUCUAGUCGUCGAGCAGCUGAACUGAGGGCGAGGACGACGUCGGGCAGAGGGGAAGAGCGAGGCAUCAUGGGAGUUUCCCACAGAGGGGCGGGGAAUCAAAGACUAAACAUGGUGAACGGAGAGCGGUGGCUGCAACAGACCAGUGAUUUUGCCGUGACGCUGUCGGGCGUCUGUGUGUUUGUUUUCUGCACUACGUUCCUCGCUCACUUCCUCUGAACAACCACACAAAAAGUAGAAUAAGGGCAAAUAAAUGUAAAUUAUUAAAGAUAAAUUAUUAUUGGGGCCCGAGCCAUGAAUGGCAUGGGCCGAAACGGCUCUAUAACAUAUUUUCCCUCUGAAAAAACACAACAUUAUAAAUGACAAAUUAUUCACAAGUUGCUGAACUUAAAUCCACAUUUAAUGAACACAUGAUCCGUGCAUGGAGGAUAUUUAAACUGUAGUUUCUGAGACCAGGCCACACGGUGGAGCAGUGGAUAACAUUACUGCCUCAUAGCAAGAUUGUUGGCCCCAUGUCAGCUGGGAUUAGAUCCAGUCUCCUGCAACCCUCAUGUGCAGGAUAAAGCAGACGAGAAUGAGUGAAUGAGUGAGUUUCUGAGACAAACUUAUGUCAUAAACAUAAGUCAUAAUAAUUAAUUCAUAACUGAUGAAUAAUUCAUUCAUCCGUCUACCUCUAUCAUAAUCUCUGGGUGAUUUCUUUAUUUCUGCUCUGUUUCUGUCUCUUGGAACUAAAACCACUGGUGAAGAGCAGUGAACGGGGAAAUCCAUAGAAUUCGCUGAAAGACAAGAAAUGAUGUCUUUGCACAACUAAAACAGAAACAAUGUUAAGGUGAUAAUUCUGUCUGUUUUAUGAAGCAUACUCUCAGGAAUAAUCUUGCUUUGACGUCUCCGUCGAUCUCUCCACACAUCAUUAUAUGCCAAGCUUCAAUAAAACUUAUUUUUAUUGGUCAUAAAAAGCAGAGUCAUAACAUAAACUAAUAAACGGCUCUCUAGACCUGCACAGGUGUGUUUACUGUGUUUGAUUGUAGCUGGGUGGAGCCGUGCAGGGACGACACGAGGACAAAUGAUAAAGAUGUUCCAAAACAAACACAGCUGAAGGUGCUCUCUAACGCCACAGUAUCAGUGUUCUUCAGCUUAAACAUAGAAUAUCUUCACGUUUACAAACCACUCACUCUCACACACCAAAGUCCAGAGAGAAAAUCAGUGAUUGUAGCUGCGGGGACACAGGCACUGCUGCUCCUCUGCUGCCUCGUGUGGUCACUUUGUGUCACUGGGAGAAAUCUGAACGUUGGAUUUCAAACACUGAAGUGACAAAAUCAGACAUUUGAACUUAGUGACGGAGGCAGCAGUGUGUGUGUGUGUGUGUGUGAUGUUAAAAUCACUGCUUUUCUCUGUGGACUUUGGUGCAGGAGAGUGAUGAAAGACUCUGUCCAACAGUGAGAUAAAGACGUGAUAUUCAUAUUUUUAAGAUAUCAUAGACUAAAGCAAACAAAGUUUAGUUUAAUAGAGAGAGCCUCAGUGUCUCAGCAACACAGUCAAUGGUUCCAGUAAACAUCCUCCCACUGACAGUGGCAAUAAAAUCACUUUUCACAUCAGA